GCAGCAGCAGCAGCAGCAGCAGCAGCAUCUUGAAAGCUUUGUUCUUGAUUUAUUUGUCAAUUCAAAGUGACUUUCAAUAAUGAAACGGUGACGAUAAAAGCACGAAACAAGAGCUGAUAAGAUAAAUCUAAGGUCUGGAACAUUCGUAAUCUCAUCCUUCCUCAAACAUUUUGAAUUGUAUAAUGUGAUCCGAUCAGUGUCAGACAAGUGGUUAAAUUAUACGAGAACAAACAAUUACUACGAUUUAAUCUAACAUUUAUCUUUAUAUUAUUAGAGCAAGAUGGGAAAGUAUAAGAUUAAAAUCGGCAUAAUCGCUGGCUGUGGCCUAGAUAAAUCUUUUAAAGAGGAUCUUACAUAUUUUAGUAAAAUAGAGAGGGAAGAUGCAACAAACGAAUAUGGUUUACCAUCCAGUAGCCUUUAUACAGGAACAAUUAGUGGAGUUGAUGUUGUGCUGUUAAUUAGGCAUGGAUCAGGUUAUAAAGUAUCAGCAACUGAUGUCAAUUAUCGUGCAAAUAUAGAAGCUUUUCGGGUGGUUGGUUGUACACAUAUUCUAGCAACUACUGCUUGCGGCUCGUUGGUGAAAUUAUUCAGUAAAGAACAAUUAGUUAUUCCAGAUAGUUUUAUAGAUAGAACUGUUCAUAGAAAAGGAACUUUCUAUGAUGGAACUUCUAAAUAUUAUUCAGGUAUUUGUAAUCUCCCAAUGGAACCAUCUUUUGAUCCUCAUACUUCUCAAAUAGUUGAAAAUGCAGCAAAAAAAUUAGAAAUUUCUAUUAAAAAGGGAGCUACUAUUGUUGCAAUAGAAGGACCUCGUUUUUCAUCAAAAGCAGAAAGUUAUAUGUUUCGACAAUGGGGAGGGCAUUUAAUUAAUAUGACAACGUGUCCAGAAGUUUUUUUGGCAAAGGAAGCUGGAAUACUUUAUACAUCUAUAGCAAUGGUUACUGAUUACGAUUGUGGAUCGGAUGACAUAGCAGAUAACGUACAUCCUGUUGAUGUUUUUAAUGUUUUUAAAAGAAAUAUUAAUAAAAUUAAAAGUGUGCUAAUACAAACAAUUGAAUUGAUCAGUCAAGAAGAUUGGGAUCAGCGUAUCGACGAUUUAAAGGUAUUUUACAUUGAUCUUGUAAAAAGCAGUGUUACUUUAUCUUCUUGA